GUCUUUUUCUCGUUUUCUUUCAGAGGCAAUAAAAUAGCAAGAAACGAUGCCUUUAAAACUAAUUUCCAACCUGGUCACUUCUUUCUUCAAGCGUACUGACACUGUUAUUACACCUCCACCAAAAGAAUCGGCAUCUUCAGCAUCUGUUAGUUUCAGUCCGACCAUAACAAUACAGGGUUUAUGGACAAAGAAGGACGAUCAGAGUGAUAUGUCAACCAUUAAAUCCUCUGCUGACUCGGAAAGAUGGAUAGCACAUCAAGAGCAACUACAGAAGAUACAUAGUCAACCUCCUAUAUUUGAUCCAUCGCCUUCUGUGGGUAUUCAUGACUAUGAACUUAUUGAAACACUUGGAACGGGCACAUUUGGAAGAGUUUAUUUGGCAAAAGAAAAAAGGGCCAAGAAGUAUUAUGCGAUUAAAGUAUUAAAGAAAGCCGAGAUCGUAAAGCUAAAGCAAGUAGAGCACAUUAAUUCAGAAAGGGAAGUGCUUUCUCAAAUCAACUUUCCAUUUAUAGUACAACUAUAUUGUACAUUUCAAGAUCAAGUCAAUUUGUAUAUGGUUCAAGAGUAUAUCAUUGGAGGCGAAUUAUUUAGACAUCUUAGAAAAUCUGGUAGAUUCCCCAACGACACAGCUCGUUUCUAUGCAGCAGAGAUAGUAUUGGCAUUAGAGUACCUUCAUUCAAAGGAUAUCAUCUAUCGUGAUUUAAAACCAGAAAAUAUACUGUUAGACAACCGAGGAUAUGUAAAAAUAGCUGAUUUUGGUUUUGCAAAGAAAGUACAGGACAGGACGUGGACUCUUUGUGGUACACCAGAGUAUUUAGCACCUGAAAUUAUUCAAAGUAAGGGCCAUAGUAAAUCAGUUGACUGGUGGUCACUUGGGAUACUGAUAUAUGAAAUGAUGGCUGGCCAUCCUCCAUUCUACGACGACAACCAUUUCGGUAUCUAUGAACGCAUCCUAGGCGGUAGAGUACAGUACCCAAGUUAUUUCGAAAAUGCGGCAAAGGAUCUACUCAAGAAACUUCUCGUUGUUGAUAGAACACGCAGGUUAGGUAACCUAAAAGGCGGGGCAGAUGAUGUUAAAAGACACAAGUGGUUUCGCACUACUGAUUGGCAUGGGUUACUUAAUAAAACGGUUAGAGCACCUAUUAUCCCAGCGCAUUCAAAUGAAUAUGAUACUAGUAACUUUGAAAAGUAUCCUGAAGAGAGUAUAAGCAAUCAACCUCAAGACGACUCUUUCCGUGAUUUGUUUCCAGAUUUUUAAUUUAUUCAAGUAUACCUUUACCCUUUUCCUCUAAUUUGUAUAUAAUUACACACACGCAUAUAUAUAUGCACUUAUUUAAUAGUAUUUAUAAAGUAGAACUUGAUUUUUAUUUUUAGUCUAUCAUAUGAUUGCCCUUUUUUUUUUUUUUUUUUUUU